AUGGCGCACCGUAGCAUCACCAACGGCCCAACUCGGCGCUUGCUGAGUUCUCUAGCUGGCGAAGGUGUGAUGUCAGAGGGGAGGACACUGAGAAGAGACAGGAGGAGAGCGAGGAAACUUGCGACAAGGGGGAUGAGAGACAGGCUAACGAUCCUCAACAAUAACAACAGUGAAGACGACCGAUGGGUUGAUCCAUUACAAAGCGACGAUAACAACGAACCCGCUGAGUUCGCCCCACCUCCAUGGACUGAAGAAGAUGGUCUGCUAACCCGCCGUCCAUUCCCAAAAACCGUCAUCCCGGGGCGAACAGAGGAAAUUCCAGAAGCCAUUGGUGCGUCUUGGACCUUGACCGAAGAGGAGAAACACCGCCUUGAUGCCCAGACUCAAGCGCGCUUUUGGCACGCAACUCGCAUCAUGGAGACCACAGCUGGUAAAAUGCUUCCACUUGAACAGCGCUGCACGCACUGCAAGAGGAAUGGCAGCGCUUGCUGGGUCUACACGCGCGCGGCACAAAAACUGAUCAGGCGGCAUGGUCACCAUUGUGCGAGGUGUCGGUCUGAUCGCUCCAAGCGGCCUUGUAACCGCAACGAUUGA